UGGUGUAUGAUUAUCAGAGUCAACCAGAGAGAGAAAAAGAAAGAUGGGAUUUGGAGGUACUCGGCUGUGCGUAUGUCUCUUGCUUGCCUUCGCUGUAAUUUCUUCUUCUCGGAACACCGUUCUAUUCUCAGAGCGAGGGAUCUGAAACGCGUUGCAGAUGACGAGGUGGUAAUGGCAAUGGAGAUGGAGGGUAGGUCUUUGAGGGUGACGACAAACGACUACGACGACCCAACUGCAAAUCGUGGGCAUGAUCCCUCCGCCUUCGCCCCCUCAAGGGUCAGGUCUGGCGGCGGAGGUGGCCGAAAAGGCUAAAGCUAAUAGACCAAUACAUUGCUCAAUGCUUGAUUCAGAAGGGCUAAUGUAAUGCUUCAUAUAUAACAUGUUUUAAUUUGCUUUUUUAAUUGGCGUAACCAAAUUGGUGUAUCAAAAAAAAAAAAAAAUGGUAUUCAAAUCUUUUCUAUAUUAAUAAAUAAGUGAUGAUGCAAGCCUUUACGGUCUUCGUCAUAUUUUCUUGAUACCAUUGUCGGCUCGGAAGAAGCGUAGUGGAUACAGCGAAGGGUUAGAUAAGUAAUCAUGCAUAAGCUGAAUAUGGCUCUCUUUCCCUCUCAAUUUCCUUUUUGUUGGCGUAGGUGCCACCGCAUUUUGGCGUGACUAGGUGCCUGCCACCGUUGGUAUGAAUCCUACUACUGGGUGAUGCUGGCAGCAUUGAGGCGAGACCAAACUGCGGUGGCAAUGAUGAUGUGGCGGUGGCGAGUGCUGUCAUGGUUAAGGAUUGGAUUCACUGGAUGGUUGAUGGUGGCAGUGGCGAUUCAACAUAUGCCUCCCGGUUUCAAACAAAAGGGUUACAGAAUACGUUCUUACUUCUUGCUGUUUAUACUUUAUAGGACAUAUAUUGUGUCUAUUUAUAUGAAUAUUUAUGUGAUUCAGUUUCCUUUUGGAUUUC